CUCACAGAGUGUGGUAGACUCUGACAAUCCUAAAGACUGGGCCAAAGAAAUCAAGCAUGUCCGUCAGAAAGAGAGAGGCGUGCGACUUUCAGAGUCAAGACUUUUACGUGAAAAGUACUUGGAGAAGUACAGCUGGGAGGAGCCUUGUGAGAGUCUUGUGAUAAAGAUGAAGAACCUUGUCUUUGGUAAAGCUCCACACAGUUCUCUAGACUGUGAAGAAACAGAGAGGAAUAAACAAGGAGAGUCUAUACCAGGUGCAGCUGCAUAUGUUUCAAGAAAACAAGCUCAGAGAAAUACAAAAGAAGUUUGGACAGCAACAGGUACAGCUGUUGAAGAAAAAGCCCCAAACACCUCUUUAAAGAGAAGAAGAACUGAUGGGAAUGAACAAACAAAGUCUGUUCAAGAGGGACAAAAGAAAGAGGAAAACAGUAAAGAAAAAGAAGGGACACCAAAAGGAAAGGCUGAGGAAAAAACUAAAGAAAGUGGUGACCAGGUAGUAAGACGGACAAGCAACAAAAAUGGAUGGUUUAACAAGAUCAUCAUGAUGACAAUACUGGGCAUAAUUAUUCUUUUGUUUUUGUUUGCGGAAAAUGGGGGUCGGGAAGCAGGAAGUGGUGACCAGGUAGUAAAAUGGACAAACAACAAAUAUGGAUGGUUUAUCAAGAUCAUCAUGAUGACAAUACUGGGCAUAAUUAUUCUUUUGUUUUUGUUUGCGGAAAAUGGGGGCCGGGAAGCAGGCGGCACUUCGAUGAACAAGGGCAACAAAAAAGGAGACAGUGACAUCACUCCUCCUUCUGCAUCUUAUGUUGACUUCAGAGACGCAAUAGGCGGAACACCGCUAAUGGGUGCUGCUUUUAAAGGCAAAGUUCAAGUGGUGAAGAGUUUGAUUGAGAGAGGAGCGGAUCCGUCCCUGAUGGACAACAGAGGAUGGAAUUCAUUACAUUUUGCCGCAAAUGGCGGAGACGCUGAUAUCAUUGAUCUUAUCCAUGCACAGGUACCUAACAUUGAGUCAAAAACAGGCGAUGGUUGCACGCCACUAAUGAUAGCGGCUGUCAAUAGCAAAUUGCAUGCAGUGAAGUGGUUUCUUGAGAAGGGGGCAACUGUAACCCGUGAAGACAACAGCGGAGCGAAUGCGUUACAUUUUGCCGCAGAGGGCGGAGACACUGACAUCAUUGAUCUUAUCCAUACUCAGUUGCUGAACAUUGAGUCAAAAACGAGCCAGGGUCGCACGCCUUUAAUGAUGGCGGCUCGGGGAGGUAAAUUACAAGCAGUGAAAUGGUUUCUUGAGAAGGGGGCUACUGUAAACUGUGAUGACAACAACGGACGGAAUACGUUACAUUUUGCCGCAGAGGGCGGAGACACAGAUAUCAUCGAUCUUAUCCAUACUCACUUGCUGAACAUUGAGUUGAAAACGGGCGAGGGUCACACGCCAUUAAUGGUGGCUGCUGGGAGUGGCAAAUUACAAGCAGUGAACUGGUUUCUUGAGAAGGGGGCAACUGUACCCUGUGAAGACAACAGAGGAUGGAAUACAUUACAUAUUGCCACAUCGAGCGGAGACACUGAUAUCAUUGAUCUUAUCCAUACUCACUUGCCAAACGUUGAUUCCAAAACAAACGAGGGUUACACGCCACUAAUGGUAGCGGCUUUCAAUGGCAAAUUACCUGUGGUGAAAUGGUUUCUUGAGAAGGGGGCAACUGUAACCUUGAAAGACAAAGCAGGAUGGAAUAUGUUACAUUUUGCCGCACAGGGCGGAGACACUGAUAUCCUUGAUCUUAUCCAUAAUCACGUGCCGAACAUUGAGUCAAGGUCCCUCGCUGGUAUUACGCCACUAAUGGUGGCUGUCGGGAAUUGCGAAUUGCAUGCAGUGCAAUGGUUUAUUGAGAAGGGAGCAAGUGUAGCCUGUGUUGAUGGAAAUGGAUGUAAUAUAUUACAUUUUGCAGCAAAAAAUUGUGACCCCGAUAUCAUUCAUCGUAUACUAACCUACGUGCCGGACAUUGAGUCAAAAACAGCUUUUGGUGAAACACCUCUUAUCAUCGCUGUUCGUCAUGGCAAACUGCAGAGUGUAAAGUAUCUCCUUGAGAGGGGAGCCAACCCUUUGGCUAAAGAUAACAACGGUCGGGAUUCUUUAUAUCAUGCCUCAUCACAAGACGCAGAUUUCUUGAACUUGCUGCAGAGUCACGUGGCUAACAGUGAGUCAACAACCGGCAAUGAUUAACUCAGGUUGCAGUUUGCAUGGUGUUGUCAAUAGUUGAUGUUCUCCUGUGGCUUGUUCCAUACAGGAACCCGCUCUGAUAAUAGCCUUAAGUGUAUGUCUGUACAAUAUUGCCGGUGUUUUUAUUUUUAUCUAAUU